AUGGUGAAGGCCUCUAAGAAUACAGUAAAGAUCACACAAGCCCUGGUGAUUGGCAUUUUAGAGGUGAUACCCUCAGGGAAUACAGCAAUGGGGAAUACCGUAAGCUCGUACAACCCAUUGUUGUGCUUUUUAGAGGUCUCUUAUCGCAAUAAACUCACGAUGAUAGUCUUAGGAAAACUUGAACAAUUAAUUGAUGACAUUGGAGGAUGUGGCCUUUUGCAGGUCAUUUUCUGCCUUCUUGUCCACUGCUCGUCUUUUGUAUCUUUAUGGAGCGUCAUGUCUAUGUCGUUCAUUGGUUACAACCCAGGAUUUACAUGUCAAACACUUGAACUUUCUUUUGAUCUAUUGUCUGUGUUAAACACAAGCAAUCUUUCACCGGAAGACCUUUGCUCCACUGGGAAAGAUUCAGCAUGUAAAACCUAUGUAUUUGCAAAUGACAUGAAUACCAUUGUGUCGGAGUGGCAGCUCGUAUGUGGAAAACGAUGGAUCGUGGCUUUUGUUAUAUCGAUCCAGAUGGUCGGAAUGCUUGUUGGUUUCAUUAUCGCCGCACAGAUAGCUGACUUAUUUGGUCGUAAACCAACCAUUCUUAUAGGGCUUUUCAUAAUUACUGUAUUUAAUUUCGGUGGUUAUUUAUCUAAUUCAUAUGGAGCAUAUUGUGGCAUUCGUUUCGUAAUCGGGAUUGGAUUAGGAUUUUAUUACACAGUUCAAAAACCUUUCAUGUCUGAACUAGUACCGUCUAGAUGGCGAUCAUUUGUUGUAUGCUGCCCAAUAGAGCCUAUGGUUUCUAUGACGUUUGCAUUUGCAGUAUGGUGGUUGAAUGACUGGAAACUAAUACAUUUACUAGUGACAGUUAUUGGCGUAGUGAUGACGGUGAUAGUAUAUUUAGUACCAGAAAGUUUCAGGUGGUUAUUGUCGAAAAUGAAGUUUGAGCGAGCUAAACGAUCAAUACAUUGUGUAGCAACUAUGAACAGAGUUCCGAUGCCAGAUCUUAAGCGUUUAUUCAAUUCAGCAGUCAGCGAAAUUGAAUCUUCGUCACAUAGAAAUAACAAGACCAAUACAUCAAUUCUAUGGGCAUCAAAAGAUCUCAGAAAAACAACAAUGUCUCUGUCACUUUUAUGGUUUUGUGCUCACGCAUCUUGGUAUGCCACCAGCCUCGGAUUAGAGAGUAUUCCUGUCAAUAUUUAUUUAACAAUUUUCCUAAUUAAUCUGGUUGAUGUACCUUCAUUAUUAUUGAUAUCUCCCAUAGUGAACAAGUUCGGAAGAAAGAAAUUUUGUCUGGUGAUUUGUAUAAUGUCCUGUUUAUUUUGCUGUUCGUCGGGUAUUCUGCAGCAUUUUGGUAAUUAA